UUUAGCAGAAGAAGACACACAGUUUCUCCCUUGUAUCCGCGGAGCACCCUAUAUUUUCUCUCUCUCUCUCUCUCUACAAUUUUUUCUUCCAAAAGAGGAAGCAUUCUGAGCUGUACGAAAGCUGUUGUUUCCUCCAUUUUCAUCGAUCAAGUAAGUUGAGGAGAUAGGGCUUUGAUUGCUGGUUUUUUGUGAAGAGAUGGCGAACCGAAGGGAGGAUGAGAAGAAUGAAAGAACCAUACGGAAUCUGCUUAAGCUUCCGGACAAUCGACGAUGUAUAAACUGUAAUAGUUUGGGGCCACAAUAUGUUUGCACUAAUUUCUGGACAUUUGUUUGCACAACAUGCAGUGGUUUACAUCGGGAGUUCACCCAUAGAGUGAAAUCAGUAUCCAUGGCUAAAUUUACCUCACAAGAAGUUAGUGCCCUUCAAGGAGGAGGAAAUGCGAGUGCAAAGGAAAUAUAUUUGAAGGACUGGGACCCACAGCGUAAUUCUCUCCCAGAUGGCAGUAAUGUAGAGAGGCUUCGUGAUUUUAUUAAGCAUGUGUAUGUGGAUAGAAGAUACUCCGGUGAAAGGAGCAUUGAGAAGCCACCAAGGGGAAAGAUGGCUGAAGCCGAGAACUUGAACGAGAACAGGAAGACAGAUACCUACCGGGGUGGCUCUCGAAGCCCACCAAAUGAGGAAGUAUAUGAGCGCCGAUAUAGUGACAGACCUAGUCCUGGUGGGAGAAGUAGUGGUGGAAGAAGUCCUGGAUAUGAUCAAAGAAGUCCUGCCCGUGCUGAAGUAAUCAAUGACUGGCGACGGGAGGAUAGAUUUGGGAAUGGUCGAACUUCUGAUGGAGGAUCCAAGUUUGAAAGCAUGUCACCUGACCGUCAAAGCGACUUUGACACAUCUAGUCCCCCAAUGGUUCGGCCUGUUAGAGAGAUUCUUGGAGAGAGUGUAUCUCCUCUUCGAGUUAUUGAACCUCCGAAAACCAAUGGUGGUAGGUCUGCUGCUGAUAGUUCCAUGAGAACCCAGAGGACUGCAUCUUCCAGUAGUUUGGCGUCCUCCAACGGGAACCCUGUCGAACUUAAGACCGAAACCUCAUUAAUUGAUUUUGAUGAUGUUCCUGAACCCCCAGCUUCUGCACCCGCACCACAAAUACAACAAUCUGUUACGGUCAUGCCCGUUGCUCAACCAACGAAAUCUGCUGCUGACAACUGGGCGAACUUUGAUUCAUUUGCAGAGGUUAAAGCAUCUCCAGCUCCUUCAAAUACCAAUCUACUGGAGACUGUAUUCUCAGAGUUGACAGCUCCAGCAACUGCAACUGCUCCUUCAGGAAGUCCUGGUGGUAGUGCAGCUCCAUUCACUCCCUUCAGUAGUUUUGCUCCUGGAGCUGCAACUAUGGACAACUCAGCAGCAUUUCCUCUUGGUGGUGCUCCAGCUGCACCCACUGGACCGACAUCAAUACUGCCAGUUAGUGGUGGUAAUGCCUUUGCAAAUACUCAUGGUGGACACUGGUCUAAUAUGCAACCUCAGCAGACUUCCUUGUUUCCUGUGACUGGCCAACAGGCUAUAUCACAGCUUUCUACUCCAGCUGCUGGUGGACAUUCUGGCAACCAGCAAUGGAAUUCUUCAGUUGCCCCAAGCACACUUGGUUUUUCUAGUUCAGCAACUGCACAAGUUCCUCAAGCUGUAAACCCUGUCCUUCAGGAAGCCACUUCUGCAGUUGCAUCUCAAGCUUCUUCUGUUGAAAUCAAAUCCAUUGGAAGAAAAGAACUGCCUGCGGAUUUGUUUGCUGUAAAUUAUUCUUCAAUUUCUGGAGCUUUUCCAGGCUGGCAUGCUGGUCCACAGCAAGGCUAUGGAUUCGCUAUGCAGUACAACAUGUCAAUGGCUACAAAUGCUUUUCCACAACCAUCAAAAUCAACAAACCCUUUUGAUGUCAUAAAUGAACCAACUUCACAAGCUCCAACGUUUCCAUCAAUGUCAUCAUUACAAGGUGCACUACCAAACAUGGCACCUCCAACUGGAUUGCUGCAUACAUCCAACCUCGGUGCCCCAACUUCUUAUCCUCUGGCAAUGCCUCAGCAAGCACCAUCUUAUGCAUCAGCAAAUCCACCAGGCUCAUACUUGGGGCAUCAAGUCGCUGGUAGCAUGCAACAGAGACCACCAGGAGUAGCAAGUUUUGGCUUUGAUGGGGUUGCUUUCGGAGGUCUAAACUCGAAUCAGCAGUCUGGUGCAUUAUAUUCUGCAACCCCUACCCAGAACACCUUCUCUUCUUCUGGAGGAAAUCCUUUCGGAUAAAGAAAAUUCAGUUAUAAUGUGAUCAAAUUGAGCAUUCCGAUUCACAAUAUUUUCGUAGCUGCUUGCUGUAGAAUGUUUCAUGCUCAAGGCAUCUCCAAGGGUUAUGGCAUUCAUCACCGAGCAUCGGAUCCACUGUGCUGCUGCCAAAAGGAAGUGUAACUAGAUGCUGGGAAGAAGCUAAAGGGGAUUUAUCUAUCAAAGAAUGGGAACCUUCAUUGUGAGACAUAUCUAUCAUGUGCAUUUUUGCCUGCUGCACCUAAAAUGUGUUAUUAUUAUUAUAUUUUUUCCUCUUCUUUUUUUCCUUUUAUCAUUUAUUAAUCUUCUUUAUUUCACCCCUCCCCUCAUUGCCUGCACUGAAAGUUGCAUUGUUUUUAUUUAUUUUUGUUUUUCGCUAGUAUUGUUGUGGUCAGUAGUUUCCAAUAUAGAAUUUCAGCUGUAUUGUACAGUUUGUAUUUUACUUGUACGAUAGGAUUAAUGUAAUAUCUAUAUUCUUUGUUCUU